AUGGAAACCCACGCACCCAAAUUCUUCUCUUUAUUCCUCUCCAUUUACCUCUUCGGUUACUUCGUCAUCUUCCGAAAAUGGGGACCCAAGAUCCGACCCGAAGCUUCCAGCUGCCUCAUUUCCCUCUUCCACGGCACCCCCGCGGCACUCCUCGCCGCCGCCGCCGUCCUCUCAGCCGAAAACCGUAGCCUCGCCGCCGCUAACACGAACUUCCAGAACCUCGUACUCGACUACAGCGCCGCCUACUUCGCGGCCGACCUCGUCCACCUCGUCGCGUUCUUCACCGGAGGCGGAGACCUCACAUUCGUCUUCCACCACAUCGCCACACUCUUCGUGACCCUCACGUGCCGCCACGCGGCGGCGCACGGGGCCGUGGCGGUGCUCACGCUAUUGGCGCUCGCGGAGGCCACCAGCGCGCUGCAGAACGCGUGGGCCCUCGCGCGUGUGCGUCAGAACGACGCGCCGUUCGCGGCCAGUGUGGUUAAUGUUCUGUCGGUUCCGUUUUACGGGUUGUAUUCUGUUGUACGAGGUCUUUUGGGGCCAUACUUUGUUUUCCGAAUGGCGGCGUUUUACUCUGGUGGCGGCGCUGAUGGUGUUAUUGCGACGUGGGUUUGGAUUUCUUGGAUCGCUGUGGUGUCCAUGGCCAUUGCUGGGAGCGUUGCAUGGGUUUGGAAUCUGUGGGUUGAAGUGUACAGAGAAAGAUCGAGGAAAAUUGAAAAGAAAACUAGAUAG